CUGGGACUCUGGCGAGAUGUCGGAGAACCCCAGCCCGGCCGGCCGGGUCGAAGGGGACGAGCGGCCCAAGACAACAAAGGAGAAGAUGGCAGGGUAUAACCAGCUCUGCAUUCGCCGUUGGACUACUCGGCACGUUGCUAUAUGGCUGAAAGAUGAAGGUUUUUUUGAAUAUGUGGACAUCUUAUGCAAUAAACAUAGACUCGAUGGACUCACCCUGCUGACACUGAGUGAAUAUGAUCUGAGGUCACCUCCUCUGGAAAUAAAAGUCUUGGGAGACAUCAAAAGGCUGAUGUUAUCAAUACGUAAACUGCAAAAAGUACAUAUUGAUGUUUUGGAAGAAAUGGGCUACAGCAGCGACAGCUCCCUGGGCCCCCUGUCCCCCUACAUCAGCUCUCUCCAGGGCUCUGAGUGGCUCUGUAAUGGGGAGCUCCCCCACGACUGUGACGGACCUAUCACCGACCUGAGUUCGGAUCAGUACCAGUACAUGAAUGGCAAAAACAAGCACAUGGUUCGAAGAUUAGAUCCAGAAUACUGGAAGACCAUAUUGAGCUGCGUGUAUGUGUUCAUCGUGUUUGGGUUCACCUCCUUCAUCAUGGUCAUAGUCCAUGAGCGAGUGCCUGACAUGCAGACAUACCCACCACUGCCAGAUAUAUUCCUAGAUAGUGUUCCUAGGAUCCCAUGGGCCUUUGCCAUGACAGAAGUGUGUGGGGUUAUUCUCUGCUACAUCUGGCUGCUGGUGCUUCUCCUUCAUAAGCACAGGUCAAUACUCCUUCGAAGGCUUUGUAGCCUGAUGGGCACUGUGUUCUUACUUCGCUGCUUUACCAUGUUCGUGACUUCCCUCUCGGUGCCAGGACAGCACCUCCAGUGUUCAGGAAAGCUCUAUGGCACUGUUUGGGAGAAACUGCACCGAGCCUUUGCCAUAUGGAGCGGCUUUGGCAUGACCUUGACUGGAGUACACACUUGUGGAGAUUAUAUGUUCAGUGGCCACACAGUUGUCCUGACUAUGCUCAAUUUCUUUGUUACUGAAUAUACACCAAGAAGCUGGAACUUCUUGCACACUCUGUCGUGGGUCCUCAACCUCUUUGGAAUCUUCUUCAUUCUGGCUGCACAUGAACAUUACUCUAUUGAUGUGUUUAUUGCCUUUUAUAUCACCACAAGACUCUUUUUGUAUUACCAUACUUUGGCCAAUACUAGAGCAUAUCAGCAGAGUAGGAGAGCAAGGAUCUGGUUUCCUAUGUUUUCUUUUUUUGAAUGCAAUGUUAAUGGUACAGUACCUAAUGAGUAUUGUUGGCCUUUUGCAAAACCUGCAGUAAUGAAAAGAUUAAUUGGUUGAAGAAUGUG